AUGUUGGGCGUUCACGAGAAUCUUGCGCAAGUUGCGGUGCCCAACAUUGAGAUCGUGAUCCCGGACUUCGUGGACUGCUCGGGGCCAGAGCAUGCGGAUUGGCAGGAUUUUCGAAGUAUGUUCGAAGAAGUGUCCGAACAUGCAUCUGCGCGGAGCGAAGACGCUGGAACGCCUUCCUUUCCGUUCUUCCAUCCCUCGCUGGCUCGUGAAGCUCAUAGGCUCUACAAGAAGUGGUAUGGUCUCGAGGUCUUACUCUGGCAGCCUUUUGGUAUGCUGCACAAUGGCAUAGAAGACUAUCCGCCGGGCGCAGCCUUGUUCUACCAUAGCUGCCAUUUUCAGGAGCGGACGGAGUACUGCCUCUACGGACAUGUCGCGGCCCUCACCUAUUUGGCCAAGUACACAGCAGAGGAACAUGUGUCUCACGACUUCGCCAGGCACGCGAUGCGGCUUCUCCACUGGAACCUUUGCCUGGACUUCCUUGAGUCUUCGAAGUGGGCAGCUUGGGGCUUAUCGAUUCUAACGCUUUGGGACAUGGUCCAGAACUUUGCAUACCCGCAAGUCUCCCUUCUCCACCAGUACUUAGACUGGGGUCCUGGGACGGCCCCCACUUCUCAGCCGCCCUCGGAGGCUCAGGGGUCUUCAGGUUUCUGGAUCUUGGAGUUGGGGACCCACCGUGCACUCUCCAACGAGCCUGUCUCUAUGCUGAAGCGCAUGCUUUCGAACUAUGACGUGGUCCACGAGAACCCCAUCAAGCCAUACCAGGGGCGAGCCGAGGCCUUUGUUCAUCCGUUUCCACGGUCUUGUAGCCCGAACUGUCCUAACCAGCAAGACAGCGUCCCGUACAGCUUCCCUGUCUUCGAAGAUAUGGACCAGUCAAGAAAAGGCUUCCAUGAGUGGGUGCAAGGAAGCCUCUUCAACAAGGUUGAAAUACGAAAAGCAAGCCUCCUGCUGUGUACGAACCCGAUCUACUACUGCAAUUUCUUCGCCGGCCUCAACAAGACAAUCCUGGGCUACUUUGGCCUUCCCCUGCUGUACAUGGUGCCGGAAAGCAGUUGGUCAAGCUGGAUCGACGAGUUCAUCGACAUGGCCUCCAUGCCCACAAGUUUCUUCGUCUCCAACAACCGGUUGCAUUCCGAGCAGCUUGCGUGGCAGAGUGGCGUCCGGCUCCACGUGCUACAGCCAGUGGCCGACUAUCUGAAGGAAAGAUACUCUCCACAGAGGUUGGGGGAUAUCCUUGUGCCCGAACCCCGGGAAGCCUGCGUCCUGCACUGCCUUAUCCGAGCCUUCAAGCCCGCCAGCUAUCCUUUCAACUUCUUCUCCAAGGCAGAUACAGAUCGAACGAUCCGAACAUUUGUGACAUUUCGCGCCAUUGUCCUCUUCCCGCACGACUUUGCUUUAAUGACGUUUUAUGAAUUCUAUGCCAUGGGGGUUCCCUUGUUCAUGCCAUCUCAUCUGUCGAAGUAUCUCUUUCCAUUCUCAGCAUCUGUGCCUCUGCUGGACUGGGUUCCAAAGCGUAUUGCCAUGCAGGGAGGUCGCCCGCCCUAUUCACCGUUGAGCAUGACGACCUCGGCGGCACUUCAGUUCUGGUCGAGCUCUAUCGAUUUCUUCGCGUUUCCUGGUAUCCAGCAUUUCGAUAGUAUAGCAAACCUUCUGGUCAUGCUGCCGUCGUCAGAUUUCGAAUCCGCAAGCCGACGUAUGAGAGACAACCGAGAGGCGCGUGUGGAAAGUGGUGCUCCAUUUUGGUCAGCUGUGGCAGCGUCUGCACUUCGAGAUGGGCUGAGGCCGUAG